AUGUGGAUCAACCAUGGGGCGACAAAAUUUAUUUUCUAUCAGCAGACCGUGUCGAAGGAGGUGGAUGCACUUAUCAGGAUGUACGAACACGACAAGACCAUUGAGAUUGAAAGAGUACCGUGGGGCACAAUUCCAUUAUCCGAAAACACCACCGAAGAAGAAGACCCAAAUAAGGAAAUAUUUCGAGCAGAGCAAGUAAUGGUUUGGAAUGACUGCAUUCUUCGCUCAAGAGGAAAAACGGAAUAUCUUGCUUUAGCUGACUUUGACGAGCAUACCUACUUGAAAGCAACCAACCCAACAGAAAUUCGAUUUGACGAUCAUUACAAAUUUGAUGUGGAAAGUAAAGUUUACCCAAAAGGCCUUAUGAGUAAGGCGGUAGUUAUCCCAGAGCGAGUGGAGUCUCAAAUUGUGCAUGAGACUUUAAGAAUGGAAAAGCCAUUUAAGGAACACAUCGUUAACCCAAAAACCGCCAGGCUUUUGCACCUAAGGUUGCAACCUAUGAAGCACUCGAUGAGCGGUUUGUACAUCUCGACUACAGAAGUUGCAAAGUAUAUUCCAGCAUGGAGCCGAAGAUAUAAAAAAAUCUUGAAUGAUGAAAUCGAAAGAUUAAAAAAUUUAACUUCGCUUGCAGAGUUGACCUUAAAGACCAAGCGAUGGAAAAAUAAUGGUCAUGAGGUAAUGAAAGAAACAGACAGUUGUUUUGAAGCCCUCAGAAGUGAAGAAAAAGUUUGUCCAACGCAAUACAGGUGUCUUGCUCAUUUGCAAACGAUGAAAUACGACGAAUGGGUUAAUGGUGGAAGUAGCUGGGUCGCUUUGUGA